CGCGGAGCGCGCGGGCGGGCGCGUCCCAGGUUAGCAGCGCGAGCGGAGCCUGGGGUGGCUGCGCCGGCAGUGGCCAGGGCUGGAUGCUCGCGGCUCUCUGCGGCUCCAGCACUUUUCUUCCCCGCGCGGCGUCCUCUCGCCUAGGCCGGGGGGCGACACCUGGCAGGGCUCCGUCUCAGAACUCUGGUGUCUCAGCCUUGGGGACCUCAGGGAGCCGAGGCUCGCAGGUGGAGCCCAGGUCCGAGCGCAGCCUCGCAGCCCCCGCCUCCGGAUCGCACCCGGGAAACCUCGGCCCCGGGCUCCAGGCCGCGCUGCGGCGGGAGGGCCGUCCUCGGCGGGAAGGGUAUCCGGACCCCGGCCAUGGGCGCGCAGACCUGGCGCGUGGGCUUCCGCUGUUUCUUCCUCCUGGCUCUCUUUGGGGCCGCCCGAAGCGAGGGCGUGCAGACCUGCCAAGAAGUUCGGAAACUUUUCCAGUGGCGGCUCGCGGGAGCCGUCCAGGGGCUGCCGGAUUCGCCACAGGCAGGACCUGAUCUUCAGGUUUGCAUAUCCAAAAAACCAACAUGUUGCACCAGGAAGAUGGAGGAGAGAUAUCAAAUUGCAGCUCGCCAAGAUCUGCAGCAGGUGCUUCAGACAUCCAGCUCUACCUUAAAGCUGCUCAUAUCUCGAAAUGCAGCUGCUUUUCAAGAAACCCUUGAAACUCUCCUCAGACAGGCAGAAAAUUACACCAGUAUACUUUUCUGCAACACCUACAGGAACAUGGCCUUAGAAGCUGCCACUUCCAUUCAAGAGUUCUUCACUGAUGUGGGACUCUAUUUGUUUGGGGCAGAUGUCAAUCCUGAAGAAUUUGUGAACAGGUUUUUUGACAGUCUUUUUCCUCUGGUCUACAACCAUCUCAUUGAUCCCGGUGUGACCGACAGCUCCCUGGAAUACUCAGAAUGUGUCCGCAUGGCUUGGAAGGAUAUUAGUCCAUUUGGCAAUAUUCCCAAAAGAGUAAGGGGGCAGAUGGGGAGGUCUCUGCUGCCCAGCCGCACGUUUCUGCAGGCUCUCAAUCUUGGCAUUGAAGUCAUCAACACCACAGAGCAUCUCCACUUCUCCAAAGAGUGCGGCAGAGCCCUCCUGAGGAUGCAGUACUGCCCGCAUUGUCAGGGCCUGACUCUCAGUAAGCCAUGUAUGGGAUACUGUCUUAAUGUCGCCAGGGGCUGCCUGGCGCACAUGGCAGAGCUUAAUCCACACUGGUAUGCAUACAUCCGGUCCUUGGAAGAGCUGUCAAAUGCCAUGCAUGGGACUUACGACGUUGAACAUGUGCUGUUGAACUUCCACUUGCUGGUUAACGAUGCCGUGUUGCAGGCUCACGUCAAUGGGCACAAGUUAUUGGAACAGGUGAAUAAGAUCUGUGGCCGUCCAGUAAGAGCACCCACACAAAGCCCUCGUUGUUCUUUUGAUCCAAGUAAGGAGAAGCACGGAAUGAAGAUCUCUGUAAGGAAUGGUGAAGAGACGCUUGCCAACAGAAGAAAAGAUUUUAUCAACAGCCUGCGAUUGCACAGGUUGUUCUACGGUGGCCUGGCUGAUCAGCUUUGCGCUAAUGACCUGGCUGCUGCUGACGGACUGCCCUGCUGGGAUGGAGAGGAACUGGCACAAAGCUAUACUCAGCGUGUGGUUGGAAAUGGAAUCAAAGCCCAAUCUGGAAAUCCUGAAGUCAAAGUCAAAGGAUCUGAUCCAGUAAUAAAUCAGAUAAUUGAUAAACUAAAGCAUAUAAUACAGUUGCUGCAGGUGAGGUCGCCCAAGCCUGACAGGUGGGAGCUGCUCGCACCCGGCAGUGGCGGGGGUGUGGCGGAGCAGGCCAGUGGAGACUGCGACGAUGAAGACGAAGACGGCUGUGAGGGAUCGGGCCGUGGAGAGGCCGGGCGGGCUGCGGAAACCCCACGCU